AUCGGAUUGCCACGCGGAUUCAAACCAUGUCUGAGAGCGGCCGGAUACCUCAGGCCAGGGCGCUUCUGCAGCAGUGCCUGCACGCCAGACUGCAAGUACGUCCAGCCGAGGGAGACGCCGAGAGCCAGUGGGUGGAGGUUCAGAGAGGAUUAGUAAUCUACGUGUGUUUUUUCAAGGGAGCUAAUAAAGAACUUCUUCCCAAAAUGGUUAAUACACUGUUAAAUGUGAAGUUAAGUGAAACAGAAAAUGGUAAGCACGUGUCUAUAUUGGACCUACCUGGCAAUGUUCUAAUCAUCCCUCAAGCCACCCUUGGGGGGAGAGUAAAAGGAAGAAACAUGCAGUAUCACUCUAACUCUGGAAAAGAAGAAGGCUUGGAACUUUAUUCCCAAUUUGUGAUUCUAUGUGAAAAAGAACUGGCUGCCAACAGCAAGUGUGCCGAAGCUGGGGUUGUGGUGGAACAUGGUACAUACGGGAACAGGCAGGUGUUACAGCUGGAUACCAACGGACCAUACACACACCUAAUUGAGUUUUGAAAAAUUAAAAGUUUCUACAGUUGUUUUCUGGUAUAAAAUGAUCUCAACUAUAAUUCGAUUUUCUUCCUCUUGAAUACACUAAUCUGCAGCAUUUUUAGACAAGAAAAUCCUGGGUCCUAUCCAUACCUCUGCAACCUGUUAAUUGGAUGACCUUGCCUUGCCAAGUCACCAAACUCUGGAUCUCAGUCACCUUUCGUCCUGCUUUCCCCUACACUUCCACUUGAAAACUUGAAAAAUGCUUUCUAUUCACCUUAUAGUCACUGUGGAAAUGUUCUUAGAGAGCUGUAUUUAAGUAUUUUGCAUGAAGAAUUUUGUGCGAUCAAGAAAAAUAUUUCUUAUACCCUCAAAUGUAUGAAGUAUGUAAUAAAAAUAACUUUGUAUUAAAAUUAGGUAAAAUCCCACGCAAACCGAUUACAGUUUUGUCAAUUUUGUUUUACUAGUUCAGUUUUCCAUAUUUUGAAUGAAAACAAUAUGUUAUUUACUAUUCGUUUUAAUAAUAUCUGUGAAAAUG